AUGCUACUUCUCGGACUCACAGGUUCAAUUGCCACGGGCAAAUCUACCGUCUCCUCCAUCCUCUCCUCUCCACCAUACUCCCUCCCUAUAAUCGACGCCGACAUACUCGCCCGCAAAGUCGUCGAACCCGGUACCCCAGGAUAUCGAAAAAUUGUAUCCCACUUCCUCCCGACAACGCCAGACCUCCUCCUUAAAGACGGCGAAUAUGACGCGAACAAAUACCCUCCCACCCAUGGCGCGCCAUUAAACCGCCCGGCGUUAGGACGUAGAGUCUUCGGCGAUAGCGAGGAACGGAAAAGGGAUCGUGCACUGCUCAAUGGCAUUGUUCAUCCGGCAGUGCGGUGGGAGAUGUACAAACGAUUACUGAUUUGUUAUUUGAGGGGGAAUUGGGCGGUGGUUCUUGAUAUCCCACUACUUUUCGAGAGCGGGCUAGAUAAGAUUUGUGGGAUGGUUAUGGUUGUCGGGGUUAAGGAUCCGGAGAUGCAGAUACAGAGACUUAGGGCGAGAGAUCCGCAUUUGAGUGACGAGGAGGCCCGAGAUAGGGUUAGUAGCCAGGGAGAUGUUAGGACUAAGGCGAGGAGGGCCGAGUUCAUGGGGAGCGAAGGUGGGAGGGGUGUUGUGGUAUGGAAUGAUGGAGGAAAAGAUGACUUGGAGAGGGAGUUGCAAAGUGUAAUGCAGGAGGUGAGGAGAGGGAGUCCAAGAUGGUGGGCAUGGCUACUGAUGUUUCCACCGCUAGCAGGGCUAGUCGGAGUCUGGAAUUAUUGGAGAGGGCUGGCGAUUAGUCGGAGGUGGAGGGAUAAUGAGCUGAAGGAAAGGGCGAAGCUAUGA